AUACAAUUUCAGAAAAAUUUUAUUUUACAUUUUAAUUUUUCAUGUAACAUUUUUCCGUUAGCCUGUAAUAGCUGAUACGGCGUAAAAGGAAACACAAGGAUUGGAAAUAGAAAAUGAGGCACCACUAUGUGCCUCAUGAAAGAAAUCCCCUGAAUGCGAGAAGCCAUAAGGUUACUCAGAAACUCCUGGGAAUGGAUACAAGGGAUGCAGGAGACAGCGUACUUCCAAAUGAAUUAUGUAGCCAUGUCCCUGAGGCUGGCUCCACAUAGGCUUUAAUGAAAUGCUGUGCUUCCACAUUAGGCUCCUGAGGGAAAGCAACGGGCAGUGGUGCAUUUUGUUAAGCAUGCCCAGGAGAGACUAUGAGCAACUCAUACAGCCACUCUGAAUCCCACAGAUUUCCUCCGCAAGGUCUACACAAUCCUGUCAUUGCAGAUUAUCAUCACGACUGCUGUAUCUGCCCUUUUCAUGCUCUGUAACCCUGUUAAAAACUUUGUGCACGAGAGUCCCUCUCUGGUGUUGAUAUCUGCUAUCGGGUCCCUUAUCCUGCUUCUUGCCUUGGCUGUGUACCGUCACCAGCACCCCAUUAAUCUUUAUUUGCUCUUUGGGUUUACUUUGCUGGAGUCUCUGUCUGUAGCCACUGCGGUGACAUUUUAUGAGUACACCAUAGUGCUCCAGGCCUUUGUGCUCACUUCUGCCGUGUUCCUGGGUCUCACUGCCUACACUUUUCAGUCUAAAAGAGACUUCAGCAAGCUCGGAGCCAGUCUGUUUGCUGGCCUGUGGAUCUUGAUCAUUGCGAGCUUUAUGAGGCUUUUCUUCUACAAUGACACGAUGGAGUUGGUCUUCGCUGGGGCUGGAGCUCUGCUGUUCUGCGGGUUCAUUAUUUUCGAUACUCACCUGCUGAUGCAUAAGCUUUCACCGGAGGAGCACGUCCUGGCAUCCAUCAACCUGUACCUGGACAUAGUCAACCUGUUCAUCUACAUCCUGCGCAUCCUCGACUCCAUGAAGAAACACUGAAUGUUGUGAUGCUCUUCUUCACUUUUAGAGGUGAAAGUAAUAUUCUUUAAUUUAAUAGACUCCGUGUACAAUAAUCUAAUAAAAAUGUUAAUUAAUAUCCAAAUGAAGAAUUGUAGAUGCCUGCAAAAAAAAACUUUGUGGACCACAUAAUAUAUAAUAUUUAUUUGAAUAAAAUAAAUGCACUGAAUAGAAGA